UUUUUUCUCCUUUUUUUUUCUCCUUUUUUUUUUUUUUUUUUUUUUUUUUUUUUUUUUUUUGGUUGUUUUUGGGACAGGAUUUCUGUGGGUAGCUGUCCUGGAACUCAUUCUGUAGAACAGACUGAAUAAUAGACUUUUCAACAAAAACUGCUAGAACAAUUGGACAGCCAUAUACAAAAGAAUAAAGUUGGAGAGCCCCAAUUCUUAUUCUCUAAAGUGAAUUCAACCUGUGCUGUGGGUCAUGCCUGCAAUUCCAGUACAAGUGCUGGUGUGGCAGGAGGGUCAGGGAUUGAGGGGCUGUCAUGGCUACACAGCAAGACUAAAGACAAAAACAGUCCCGGGACUGGGGAGGUGGAGGCAGAAGGAUCAGUGCGAGCUCAUCUGGCAGCACGGCAGGUUGGAGGUCAGCUUGAGCUGUAUGAAGACCGAGCCUCAAACUCCUGUUUUAAAAUGGGUCAGAGACCUGAAGAAUGUCAGUGCUUAGAAUAUACACAUCUUCAUGGAUUCCUACCACAUUUUCCUAGAUGCUACACCAGAAGUACAAACCUUGGCUUUUCACACAUCUUAGGCAGCUUUCUCUGCUAUGUGCAGAGACCUCCAGCUGCCAGGCUCCACCCCGCAGACUGACAGAAGAGUGGCCAAGCCCUGCACUACAGAAAAAGCAGCUCAUGAUCAGACCACAUAAUCCCUUCAAUCGCAGGCCACCCUGGAACCGCCUGCCCCUCCCCACCACCAAGAAACCCUAUGUAAAUCCUGCCUUCUCAGUUCUUCACUGCUGCUUCGCCAAGCUGAGGCAGCCACCUUCCCUAGUGUAUCUUUCCCACUAAAUCUCUUCUGUAAGGUUUGUUGUGUGGUGUGACUCUGGUAUUCUUUGGCUCCUAACUGCCAGGAUACCUAUCACUUCAGGGAUGUUACAACAGAUGGAAACAAAAUUAUUUAAAAUUUUAUGUCUCAAAUAUCAAGCAAGUGAAAGCGCCUUGGGCCAGUGAGAUGGUCAGGCCUGAAAAACACAGUUGCAUUCUUUGAGCCUACAUGGUACAAAGGGAGAACUGUCUAAAACUCCAAGUUGUCCUCUGACCUCCACAGGUGCCCACACACAUAAAUACAUCUUAUAGAAAAAGUAUAUGUAGCAGAAUUGGUGUGUGCUGAGGUGUGAAGCACUUGUCUCCACGCCUCACCCAAGCCAGGUGUUUACUGUAAAGCCUUAGGACCUGAAUGAAUUCCAUCCCUGGAAAUCACACGGUAGAGGAAGGGAAACAAUCCCAACAAGUCAUGCUCAGGCUUACAUACCCAAAUACAUUUUUGUUGUGAGAGUGAAAGCCAUGACAGAGAGAGGGCUCAGUCGUGUGCAAGUGUGAACCUGUAAUUCUAGCACUGAAAGUGUAGGCGUGAAUCCCAGGACCUCACUAGCCAGCCAACCAUGCAUUGCUGUCCAUCAGUCCCAGUGAAUCCACCCUUUUGACAGGUAACUUCCAUUCACCGCAUCACCAUAUCACCGUGUGUGGGUGUGGGUGUGUGUGUGUGUCCCCUAGUGAGUCCAAGCCUUAAAAAAGACAGAUACCUUCCAUGUAAGUGCCUUAAAUACUUAGUUCUAUAUAUAGUGAGUUUAAGACACUAAUGGACCAAUAGAACUUUGAACCAACUCACUUCUGCUUAGUUUUGUUUAAUUCAACUCCAGUUCCGUCUACCCACAAUCCCCUAGAGUCACAAGAGACAAACUCUCUUAGGUUCUCAGGAUACCCUGAGGCCUGGAGCUCAGUACCUCUGAGUUCCUCUGCUCCUCCCACUCUCGCGGCCGGACCCAAGCUUCCGUCUUCCCGCAGCACCACCUGGAGUAGAUUCAACUCGGAGAGAGAGACACGCGUUAAAACCAGCAGAGCCACCUGAGGGGCGCAGGGUCCCGCCCGGGCUUGGGGGCGGUCCAGGCAGCCAGCAUCCUCGCGCCGCCCAUGCGCCACGCCCUCCGGCCCUCCCUGGCUCCAUAUUGCAGGAAAGCGGGCUAGGGUGUGACGCUGCUUUCUGGUUCAGUCCUUGACCCUUACCAGACGUCCAGGUAACCAAGAUGCAGAGGGGAAUGGCUAAACCGGGGGACAAGUGAAAAGACGCAAGAAUGUCAUACCCAGGCUACCCCCCGACAGGCUACCCACCUUUCCCUGGAUAUCCUCCUGCAGGUCAGGAGUCCUCUUUCCCCACUUCGGGUCAGUAUCCGUACCCUAGUGGCUUUCCACCAAUGGGAGGAGGUGCUUACCCACCAGCUCCAAGUGGUGGCUACCCAGGAGCUGGAGGCUACCCCUCACCUGGAGGUUAUCCAGCCCCUGGGGGCUAUCCUGGAACCCUAAAUCCAGGGGGUCCUCCAUCCUAUCCUGGAGGUCAAGGCUUUGGGGCCCCACCUGGUGGGGCAGGCUUUUCUGGCUAUCCACAGCCACCUGCACAGUCUUACGGCGGUGGACCAGCCCAGGUUCCAGUCCCAGGUGGCUUUCCUGGAGGGCAGAUGCCGUCUCAGUACCCCGGAGGACAGUCUCCCUACCCUGGCCAGAUUGACACAGAGUCCUUCUCUUCCUAUCCUGCUUUCUCCCCUGUUUCUUUGGAUUAUAGCAGUGAUCCUGCUGCGAUGACUCAGGGCACCCAAGGAACAAUCCGCCCAGCCUCCAACUUCGAUGCUAUGAGAGAUGCAGAGAUUCUCCGCAAAGCAAUGAAGGGGUUUGGGACUGAUGAGCAAGCGAUUGUGGAUGUCGUGUCUAACCGUUCCAAUGACCAGAGGCAACAAAUUAAAGCAGCUUUUAAGACCAUGUAUGGCAAGGAUUUAAUUAAAGAUCUCAAGUCAGAGUUGAGUGGAAACAUGGAAGAAUUAAUCCUUGCCCUGUUCAUGCCUCCUACAUACUAUGAUGCCUGGAGUUUGCGGAAGGCGAUACAGGGAGCAGGAACUCAAGAGCGUGUGUUGAUAGAGAUUUUGUGCACAAGAACAAAUCAAGAAAUCCGAGACAUUGUUAGAUGCUAUCAAUUAGAAUUUGGACGCGAGCUCGAGAGGGACAUUAGAUCGGAUACCUCAGGACAUUUCGAACGGCUCCUCGUGUCCAUGUGCCAGGGAAACCGUGACGAGAGCCCAAGUAUAAACCACCAGAUGGCCCAGGAAGAUGCCCAGCGCCUCUAUCAGGCUGGGGAGGGGAGGCUAGGGACAGACGAAUCCUGUUUCAACAUGAUCCUCGCCACAAGGAGCUUCCCUCAGCUGAGAGCCACCAUGGAGGCUUAUUCCAGGAUGGCUAAUCGAGAUUUGCUAAGCAGUGUGAGCCGGGAAUUUUCCGGAUACGUUGAAAGCGGUUUGAAGACCAUAUUGCAGUGCGCCCUCAACCGCCCUGCCUUCUUCGCCGAGCGACUCUACUAUUCCAUGAAAGGCGCUGGAACAGAUGACUCCACCCUGGUCAGGAUUGUGGUCACUCGGAGUGAGAUUGACCUCGUUCAGAUAAAACAGAUGUUCACCCAGAUGUAUCAGAAGACUCUAAGCACGAUGAUUGCAAGUGACACCAGUGGAGAUUACAGGAAGCUGCUCCUGGCCAUCGUUGGCCAGUGACGGGGAUUUUUUUCCCUUUAAGGAAUGAAGCUCUUCAGGGCCUAUCUUUCUGAGCAAUGAGACCUGCAUGCAGCCACGUCAGACACCAACUGACCAGAGUGCUUUUCCACUGAGGCCUGUCAGGGGGUGUGCUGCGUUUGCACAUGUUGUCACUGCCUUAAUUCUAAUGUUAGUCUCUUUCUUUCUGUAUCCAAUCAGUGUAAAAGCCAUGUCAAUGACAUAGUAAUGUAAAUUUGUAAAGCUUCACUCCCACUGCUUUCACUUUAAUCCGGAUUUCAAAUUAAAAAAAAUUCACAGCAA